UUUAUAUUAUGGCUUCUGAAGAGAAGACAGAGGACCAUCCUUUCGCAGAUAUCUUUAAUGAAGAUGAAACUGAGAGAAACUUUUUGUUGUCCAAACCUACUUGCUUUGUUAUAUUUGGAAAACCAGGGUCUGGGAAGACAACAUUAGCCCGUAACAUAGCACAGGCAUGGAAAUGCAUUCGAGUUGAAGCUUUAUCAGUUUUGGAGGAACACAUUGCCACCGAGACUGAGACGGGAACUAUGCUGCAGUCGCUGCUGGUGAGCGGUCACAGCAUCCCAGAGGAGCUUGUCAUCAAGUUGGUCCUGGAGAAGCUCAAGUCUCCCGAAGUCGCUCACUUCGGAUACAUCAUCACUGAAAUACCGUCGCUCUCAUCAGAUACCAUGACCACUUUGAAGCAAAUAGAUUUCGUGAAAAAUUUAGAACUGCAGCCUGAUAUCAUAAUCAAUAUUAAGUGUGGCGACUACGAUUUGUGCCAAAGAGUUUCUGGACAAAGACAGCACAGUGCUACCGGCUACAUAUACACUAGAGACCAGUGGGACCCUGAAAUCAUUGGGAGUCGGAGGAGAAGGAAGAGGGAAGCCCCCAAAGAUGGAAAGUCUGAAGAGGAAGAAGAGGAAGAAGAACAAGAAGAGGAGGAGGCAUUUAUGGCUGAGAUGCAGGUGGUGGCUGAACUUCUCCAACACCUCGUUCAGAGGCCUGAGGAUUAUUUGGAGAACGUUGAGACCACCUUGAAGCACUAUAAGGAAAUACUUCUCAGUGCGUUAGAGGAGGUAAUGGCUGAACACAACCCCCAGUAUCUCAUCGAGGUGGACGGGAAUAAGUCAGCAGAGGAGCUGUUCCUGGCAGUUAUAGAACGGCUUAAAUACUUGAAUCUGAGAAGAGCAGCCGUUAUAACCAAGCUUCAGAGCACAGAAGAAGAAAUGAAUGACAUAUUGGACACUGAAGAGCUGUUCCGUACACUCUCAUCUUACAAGCUCAUUGCACCAAGGUAUAGAUGGCACCGAAGCAAGUGGGCGCGUUCUUGCCCCGUGUCCCUAGUGGAUGGGAACAUUUAUUCAGGAGCAGCAGACUUUUCUGUGAGUUUUCUAGGUAAAAUGUACUGCCUUUCUUCUGAAGAAACAUUAAAAUCGUUUUCCCUGAACCCCCGUCUCUACCUUCUACCACCUAUGCCAAUCCCACCGUGUAAAAUCUUUAUAUUUGGACCCGAGUACUCAGGGAGAACAACACUGGGCAACCUACUUGCAGAACACUUCAAAGCAAAGGUAAUUGACUAUGCCAAAUUUGUCCAGCCUCGUUUUGAUGAAGCCCGUGAGAAACUAAUAAAAGAUACCAUAACUGAGGCUACCAACAGAGCUAUCAAAGCUGUGAAAGAGAAGCUUAUGCUCGACUUGCAAAGCAGAAGGCAAGAGGAGAAGGUCCUAAGGGAACUGCAGCAUACAAAAAAGGAGUACGAGGACUUCAUGGAUUAUAGAAUGUUUAAAGGUUCUGAAGACUUACUGUCCUCAGUGGAUGAUGAAGGGUCCCAGAAACUUAGCUCCUUAGAUAUUGCCGAUGUAGACAAAUCAAAGUCCGAGAACGCCCUCGCUGUGGACACCAACAAAGACGUCUCCACAGAUGAAUUGCUAGAAGACGUGACCGAAAACCACCCAGAGGUGCAGUUCAUGAUAGAGGACACUCUGAGACAUGCCAAAGAUGUGAACUUUGAGCAUCCAUAUGAUAAACAAGCUGAGAUACUAGAGGAAGUCAUCCGGGAGGCAACCAAAGAUAACAAGGAUAGGUUUGCUGGUGCCCCAAAAUAUGGAGGCUGGAUUCUGAAGAACUGCCCUAUGAAUCGAGAACUGUGGUUGGCCUUCAUUGAGAAGGGCAUUGUGCCCGACUUGGUUGUCUCCUUAACAGAUGCAGAAAGCAAUGGGAAAUGUCUAUUAAAUAGAAUGUAUUUAAAAUGUAAGGCUGAAAUUGAUGAUAAGAUUUUACUAAGAUUGAUGGAUGAAUUUCAAAUCAAAAAGAAGGAAGAGGAAGCAAUACAAAAAGCCAAAGAAGAGGAACUGAGACUAGAAGAAGAAAAGCAAAGGCUGGUGGCCACCGAGGACAAGAAAAGAAAAGAAGUUGAAGAGCACGAUAACGAGGCUGAGGAGGAGGUUGAAGGUGAGGAGUUUGAUGGCCGGGAAGAGUCUGAGGCUUCUGAAAUACAAGAGUACACCAGAGGAUCGCUGUUACCUGAGGAGUCCGAAGCAUCUGAGGUCCCGGAAGUAGAGCAAGAAUCUGAACCAGUCCCUGAGCCUCCUGAGGACAUUGCCGCCAAAGCAGAAACUCGAAAAGCAUCCCAAGUGGUCCUUCCAUCUCAAGCAGUAUACGAUACAGAUUCUUUGGAUGGUCUGACUAGAGAUGUGCUUUUCAAAGCUUCUCUUUUUCUCCCUCUUAACUUCUGUUUGAAAGUUGUGAUACCGGAGUUUCCAAAAGACGCUUACCCCAACGUUCCCGAGAUGGAACCACUGAAAGAAGAGCUAAAUAAUUACACUGCCACGUGGAAAACUUUGGAGCAGACGAUCGUGGACAGUUUGAUUCAGAUAUUAACACUGGAUAUUUACCAAAAAACACCAAAGGAUCUGCUUCAAAAAGUAGUUGAAACCAUGGAGAAACCUUUUCAGUAUGCAGCAUGGGAAUUAAAUGCGGAAGAUUAUGAGGAAGAAGCUGAAGACUAUCAGGCUGAAACGGAAGUUGAUGAGGAGCAGGAGGAAGAGGAAGAAGAAGAGGAAGAGGGCGAAGAAAAAAUCAAAGAAAAAAGGAGGCACUUGGGAGAUACAAAACACUUCUGCCCAGUGGUUCUCAAAGAAAACUUCAUUCUACAACCGGGCAACACGGACGAGGUUGUGAAAUACCGAGAGAAGAUAUACUACUUCUCAAAUGCUGAGGCUAAGGAGAAGUUUCUGGAACACCCUGAGGACUACGUGGCCCGAGAUGAACCAUUAAAGGCUCCUCCCUUACGGAUAUGUCUUCUGGGUGCUCAUGGCUCCGGCAAAACUUCAUGUGCAAGAAAGCUGGCAGAAAACUUUGGCAUUUUUCACAUUCAAUUUGAUGAAUUUCUCCAAGAAAAAUUACAGCUCAAGGCCGAAAGGAAAUUUGGACCCGAGUUUGAGGACGAUUCCGAGGAGGAGCAAGCAACAAAGCAGGAACUUGAAGAGCUUGCAGCUCAGGCGAACGUGAAGAUUGAAGAAGAAACUACAAAAAAGCAGCUUCCAAAGGUGACGUUCACAGAAGAGGAAGAAGCAAUCAAGCUGAGUCUCAUGGAGAACGAGGCCCUGCCUACGGAAAUUCUGGACCCCAUGCUCUCUGAGUGGUGGCUUAAAGAACCAAUACGCUCCAGAGGCUUUAUCCUGGACGGCUUCCCGAGGUUCCCUGAGGAGGCCCAGUUUCUAGGGGAGCGUGGAUUUUUCCCGGAUGCUGCCGUCGUAAUUCAAGUCGAUGAUCAAGAUAUCUUCGACCGCCUCCUUCCGGCACAACUUCAGAAGUGGAAGAUGAAACAGCAAAAGAAAUCAGAAAGGAAAAAACUCAUCAAAGACAUGAAGACAAAAAUCAGGGAGGAUAUGAUCGCUAAAAGGAGAGCUGAACUUCUUUCAGAGAGAGAGAAAAAAAAGAAAGGGGACGGUACUUACAGAGAUGAUGAGGAAUUUAGCGACGAAGAGCCUGACGAAGAGGAGGAUAUUGAAAACAUCCUUGAAGAAGAGUUUCCAAAAGAUGAGGAAGAGAUGAGCGAAGAAGACGAGGAACAGGAGGGAGAAGCAACUGAGCGCCUGAGGAGCGAACUGGGGGAGAAGUUUGAAGCCGACACUAAUAAUCUGCAAGUAAUACAGGAGGAAUUCGAGAAGGUUUUGGUACCAAUAAUUACGGUUAACGGAGCUAGGAAAAUGCAUAUUGUACAAUAUGUGUUGAAUUUGAAGUUGAAGCCACUGGUGGAAAAUCGUGCAAGCAUUUUUGAAAAGUGUUACCCAGUGACGUCACACCUCGCUCAUAAAAUGAUCGCCUUUACCUACAAGUACAUGAGCUCAUUUGGCUACUGGGACCCUGUGAAGCUGAGCGAAGGAGACACAAUCAAGCCCGUUGAAAAUGCAGAGAACCCACUUAACCCUGUAAUCCACCGUCAGUAUAUUUAUUUUUUAUCUAGUAAACAAACUAAAGAAAAAUUCAUGAUGAACCCAAUCAAAUAUAUCCGGCAGCCCAAACCCAAAGCUACCAUGCCUGUGAGGAUUAUGAUCGUGGGGCCUCCCAAGUCAGGGAAAACCACAGUUGCCAGAAAGCUUGCAAAUGAAUACGGCUUAAAACGCUUGUCAGUAGGAGAUGCACUGCGUGGCAUGUUAAACAAUCACCCAGAGACGGAGCUGUCACUCAUGUUAAACUGGCACCUUCACAAAGGAAUGACAGUGCCUGAUGAACUGGCUGUUCAAGCUCUAGAUAUUUCCCUGAUGGAAAGUGUGUGCAAUACCAUAGGUGUGAUCAUCGAUGGCUACCCCGUAACCACGCAGCAGAUGAAUCUCUUGGAAGCGAGGUCGAUCAUUCCCAUGGUCAUCUUUGAGUUGGAUGUGCCGUCCAAGGAGAUUUUCAAAAGACAGCUGCUGGAAAAGAAGAGCGAGCAGAAUAUGCCUUAUCCGAUGCACAACAGCACACAGAUCAUAGCUUAUAAGAAUUCGAAGUACCGUAAAAACAUCGGCGAGAUCAGGAAAUUUUAUCAAGAGCAGCAUCAAAAUUGGCACGUGAUUGAUGGGUUUCAUAGUAAGUGGUGGGUGUGGAAUAAAAUCACCAAAGAUAUCCAGCAGAUGAAUAGGUACAUACAGACAUACAUGGAAAGAAUAAAGGAAGGGAAAGCAGCCUGCAUUGACAAAUUGUGUAUCACGCCUGAAGAGCUGAUUUCUCGCCUUGGAGAGUUUGGACAGUUCUGCCCUGUCAGCCUAGCAGAAACUUGCGAAUUAAUUGACUGUUCAGUAACUAGCAGCUUGGAAUUUGCUGCAGAGUUCAGGGGACACUAUUAUAAAAUGAGUUCUCUAGAAAAGCUAAAUAAAUUUCUGAAGGACCCAGAACUGUAUGUGCCUCCCUUGGCACCUCAUGCACUCCCACCUCCUGCCAUGCUCCCCAAAAGGCUGACCCUGUCAGAGCUGAAGAGCCGGUUUCCUAAGUGUGCUGAGCUGCAGGGCUACUGCCCAGUCACUUACCAGGAUGGAAAGCAAAGAUAUGAAGCCCUCGUGCCUGGUAACAUUCAGUAUGCUGUAGAGUAUCGCAAUCGUAUAUUUAUUUGUGAGAGUGAAGAGAAACUCGAGAAAUUCAUGAGGGUGCCGAUGCAAUACUGGGACCAGAAGCUGCCACAGAAACUUCCCCCGCUGAAAGAACCCAUCCACCUCACCAGCCUCCCUCUGCCGGGGUAUCUGGAACAGGGCACAGCAAACUCCCUGAUCAAAGCCAUGAAUGCAGCAGGACGCCUGAAACCCAAGCUGCCCUUCCUGAGUGUGAGGAGGUCUGUUCUCCUCUUUGUAGCCUUUCAUCUCAAAGCAUUUAAUCCCAAAGGUUCCGAAUACUCAAGAAAAAAGUACAAGAAGAAGAUGGAGCAGUUUGUGGAACGAUGCGAACUCAUAACGUACCUCAGUGCCAAGAUGACCCGGAAGUACAAGGAGCCUCAGUUUAGAGCCGUUGACUUUGACCAUAAGCUACAGGCCUUUUUGUCUCUGAGAAACAUAGACCCAGUUACCGAGUAGCUUGCUUAGGUCACAGAGACCCAAAUCCCAACCGUCUCCAAGGGAUAGAGGGAGUUGAGGAAGCAGAAUUAAAAUCUUCAUUUUCCGAAGUGUGUUUCCCUCCUGCCUGAUGCUGCACAGUUACUAGACCUGAGCAGACCCGAAGGCCUAGCCAGGCAGGGUCGCACUCUGAGCGCCUAAGUGUUUAUACAGUUUUCAACCUCAUUGCUUUUUUUCCCCUUGAAUUUUGAUGCUCUCACAAAACAGGCAUUCUGGUUGAGAUAUUAAAAUA